AUGUGCAGGCAUUUCGGCGCAGACAAUCCCUCGUCCAUGGACAUCACGCAGGCACGCGAGGUGCUGCCCACCAACGUGAAGCCCGUCCACUACGACCUGACCCUCGAGCCCGACUUCGACAAGUUCACCUUCGAGGGGAAGGUGGUCGUUGACUUAGAUGUCAUCGAAGACACUACCUCGAUUACCCUGAACACGCUCGAGCUCAAGGUCCACUCCGCGAAGGUCACCUCUGGCCAAAAUGUCAUAUCAAGCUCCCCCGCGCUUGCCCACGACGAAGACGGGCAGACAACCAAGGUCAGCUUCGAUCAGACAAUCCCCGGCGGGGCCAAAGCCUCACUCACAAUGACCUUUACGGGCACCUUGAACGACAACAUGGCGGGCUUCUACCGCUCGUCGUUCAAGGCCGAGGACGGCUCGACCACGUGGAUGGCUACUUCGCAGAUGGAGCCGACAGACGCUCGGCGUGCGUUCCCUUGCUUCGACGAGCCUGCGCUGAAGUCAACCUUCGCGGUAACGCUAGUUGCGGACGACAAGAUGACGUGUUUGAGCAAUAUGGACGUAGUGUCGGAGACAACGGUGGAUUCCAAGGUCACGGGCGGGAAGCGGAAAGCGGUCACCUUCAACAAGACACCGCCCAUGUCGACCUAUCUCUUGGCGUUUAUUGUCGGCGAGCUCAAUUACAUUGAGACCAACAGCUUCCGCAUACCGGUGCGCGUGUAUGCCCCCAAGGACAGGGAUAUUGAGCAUGGACGCUUUUCUCUCGAGCUUGCAGCAAAGACACUGGACUUCUACGAAAAGACAUUCGACAGCCCGUUCCCGCUGCCUAAGAUGGACAUGAUCGCCAUCCCUGACUUCAGCGCUGGAGCAAUGGAGAACUGGGGCCUUGUCACGUACCGUGUCGUCGACGUGCUCAUUGAUGAGAAGGUUAGCGGGGCGUCUGUGAAGCAGCGGGUAGCCGAAACUGUGCAACAUGAACUUGCGCAUCAGUGGUUCGGCAAUCUAGUCACCAUGGAUUUCUGGGACGGCCUAUGGCUUAACGAAGGUUUCGCGACAUGGAUGUCUUGGUACUCGUGCAACGUCUUCUAUCCCGAUUGGAAGGUCUGGGAGGGGUAUGUUACCGACAACCUCGCCAGCGCCCUCUCGCUCGACUCCCUCCGCAGCAGCCACCCAAUUGAGGUUCCAGUCAAGCGGGCCGACGAGAUCAACCAAAUCUUCGAUGCUAUCUCGUACUCCAAAGGAUCGUGCGUCUUGCGCAUGAUUUCCAAGUACCUUGGCGAAGAUGUCUUCAUGGAAGGUAUCCGUCGAUACCUCAAGAAGCACGCGUAUGGCAACACUCAGACUGGAGACCUCUGGGCCGCAUUGAGUGAUGCAAGUGGCAAGGACGUCGAAAAGGUGAUGGACAUUUGGACGAAGAAAGUUGGCUUUCCCGUCGUCUCUGUUACCGAGGGCUCUAAUUCCAUCCACGUCAAGCAGAAUCGCUUCCUUCGCACAGCUGACGUGAAGCCAGAAGAGGAUGAGACUAUUUUCCCGGUUUUUCUUAGUCUUCGCACCAAGGAUGGCGUCGACAAAGAUUUAGCCCUCUCCUCACGUGAGGCGGACUUCAAACUCCAGGAUAUGGACUUCUUCAAGCUCAACGCUGAUCACUCCGGCCUCUACCGCACUUCGUACACACCCGAACGGCUGCGAAAGCUUGGGCUUGCUGCCAAGGAUGGACUCCUCACCGUUGAAGACAGGGCUGGCAUGAUUGCCGACGCUGAGGCUUUGGCUGCUUCCGGUUAUCAAAAGACGUCUGGAAUCCUCUCCCUCCUUGACAGCUUCAAAAGCGAGUCGGAAUUUGUCGUGUGGCAGGAAAUCAGCAGCCGAAUCAGUGUGCUUCGUUCCGCCUGGAUGUUCGAAGAUCAGGCUGUGAAAGACGCGCUGAAGCAUUUCCAACUCGACCUUACCAAGGACAAGGCUCAUGAGCUUGGAUGGUCCUUCACUGACAAGGAUGGACAUAUCGAGCAGCAGUUCAAGGCCAUGAUGUUUGGCACUGCCGGUAUCGCCAAGGACGAGACCAUCCUCAAGGCGGCGUUUGACAUGUUCAACAAGUUCAAGAGUGGUGACAGCUCGGCCAUCCAUCCCAAUCUUCGCAGCAGCGUGUAUGCCAUCGUACUGAGCAGCGGUGGUAAGGAAGAGUACGACGUCGUAGUCGACCAGGCUAUCAACGCGAAGACCAGCGACGAGCGCAAUACCGCUAUGCGGGCGUUAGGGCGUGCCAAGUCCCCCGAACUUAUACAGCGCACUCUUGCGCUCGCUGUCAGCGACGACGUGAAGGCGCAGGAUAUCUACUUGCCGAUCUCUUCCCUCCGAACUCAUCCUGAGGGUAUCGAAGCUCUUUGGGCUUUCGUCAAGGAGAACUGGAGUGAGUUGGAAAAACGGCUCCCUCCAAGCUUGAGCAUGCUUAGCUCCGUCGUCUCCAUCACCACUUCCAGCUUCACGAAGAGAGAACAUAUCAAGGACAUUGAGAGCUUCUUCGCGAGCAAGAGCACCAAGGGCUUCGACAAGGCGCUGGCCCAGAGCAUUGAUGCCAUCAGCGCGAAGGCGGCCUGGAUUGAACGCGAUUCAGAGGACGUCAAGACUUGGUUGAAGAAGAACAAGUAUCUGCAGUAA